CCCCAGCCCAGCCCAUCCCAGGCCCGCCCAGCUCAGGCCCGGGCCGUGCGCUCCGUGCCGGACUCUCUGCGCCUGGAGGGAGACCGGGAGCGAGGCCGGCAGCGCACCGUCGGAGCGGCCAGGUGCCAGCAGCUGGGGUCUCCUCUCAGCCCUUGAGCGGCCAUGUCCAACCCCAGCGCCCCCCCUCCGUAUGAGGACCGCAACCCCCUGUACCCUGGCUCUCCGCCCCAGGGGGGCUAUGCGCAGCCGUCCGUCCUGCCUGGGGGCUACCCUCCCUACCCUGCCUACCCCCAGCCUGGCUACGGUCACCCUGCUGGCUACCCGCAGCCUAUGCCCCCCAUCCACCCGAUGCCCAUGCGCUACGGCCCAGGCCAGGGCUAUGAUGGGGAGGAGAGAGCAGUGAGUGAAAGCUUCGGGCCUGGAGAGUGGGAUGACAGGAAAGUCCGGCACACCUUCAUCCGAAAGGUUUACACCAUCAUCUCUAUCCAGCUGCUCAUCACGGUGGCCAUCAUCGCUAUCUUCACGUUCGUGAAGCCAGUUGGUGACUUCGUGAGGAAAAACCUGUAUGUCUACUAUGUGUCCUAUGCUGUCUUCCUGGCCACCUAUCUGACCCUCGCCUGCUGCCAGGGACCCAGACGCCGGUUCCCAUGGAACAUCAUCCUGCUGACCAUCUUUACUCUUGCCAUGGGCUUCAUGACGGGCACCAUUUCCAGUGUGUAUGAAACCAAAGCUGUCAUCAUUGCAAUGAUCAUCACUGCUGUGGUGUCCAUUUCGGUCACCAUCUUCUGCUUCCAGACCAAGGUGGACUUCACCUCGUGCACAGGCCUCUUCUGUGUCCUGGGAAUUGUGAUGAUGGUGACAGGGAUUGUCACUGCCAUUGUGCUGUCCUUCAAAUAUAUUUACUGGCUCCACAUGGUCUAUGCUGCUCUGGGGGCCAUUUGCUUCACGUUGUUCCUGGCUUAUGACACGCAGCUGGUCCUUGGGAACCGGAAGCACACCAUCAGCCCCGAGGACUAUAUCACUGGCGCUCUGCAAAUCUACACCGACAUCAUCUACAUUUUCACCUUUGUGCUGCAGCUCGUCGGGGAUCGCAAUUAAGGAGCACCGCAUUCCGCCCCACCGUGGGCUCCCACUUCCCUAGAGGGCCGGGCCCUGUGACCAGAGUCUGGACCUCAGAUCCCUUUCCUUUCCCCUCCAGUAACAUGCCCAGUUUCUGUUCUGUCCUGGGAUGGGUGGCCUCUCUGGCGGUAGAUGCGCAGGUUACCUGGUGGGCUGGAGGAACUGGGGACUAACUCUUGCCUUUGGUAGACCCAGAGGGGACUAGGCAGAUGUGCCUUCUUCUCCACCCACUACAUGGCACCAAACUCUUCUCAAUAGCUGGGGUUGCAGGGAAGGACAAGAAGAGCCUACUGUGUAGCCAAAAAAGGAGUAUGAGAGGUAGAAGUGACUUCGAGGUGAUGAGGUGUCCCCUCCCACCUCUGCCAUAGGCUUCUGGGCUCUGUAGCUAGAGCUAUUUCCUCCCUCAACCCCCAAGUCAGAGAGCUUUGUCCCCAGCCUCCUGGACUCCUAGGCCAUUGUCCUGUACUCCUUUGACAACCCUUGGUGUCUUCAAGCUCCUGAAGGUAGAUCUGUGCCCCUGGGUCUCCCCUGCUUCAAUCCCCCUGUUUUCGAUGGCAUAUAUGGAUACUGUUUGGAGCAGGGGAGGAAGGGGGGCGGUAAGCAAAGUCAAGCACAGGGGCCAAUACAGAGUGGCAUCUACCCUGGGCUUCCUCGUGGCUUCUAGUGGAGAGGACAGGCCUGUUCGCAGCCGUCUGGUCCCCAUUCUCCAAAGCCCUGCCUGGGGCCUCCCUGGCUGCUUCUGCGAUCUCUGGUCAGAGAGACCUCUUGUUCCAGUGCCCAAGCUGCUCCGAGCAGAAAGCGAGGAGCAAAGGUCAGGAGAUGGGGUGGUUUGUAGGACUGUAAGUGUGGCCAGGAAGUAACGAAGGUGAAGAGAGGCCAGGGUGGGGGCAGGGGAAAGGCUCUGGGGUCUUCCGCCUGGUCUGAGGGAUAUGAAAGCCUCCUGUGGUAUCCAUGGAAACUUCCGUGUUCUUAUGCUAACCUGGGGAGGACCCUGAGCGAAAGGAGACUUCUGCUCUCAGUUUGUACUGGGGGAUUUCAGACUUGAGGCUUAUCUCUCCAGCCAGCUGCCACUUUCUUCGCUACACAUAGUGCCUCAAGCUGGAACGGGGAGGCGGGGGGAGACAAGAGUCAAUCUAUCGGUGGGGGUGGAAACCAAAUUAGCCCAAGGAUAUAAUUAGGACUUCUCUUAACUACUUGGUCGUAAAUAUAUCAUGCAAAAGGACAUAACUAGAAAUGUAAUAAAGUUUUAUGUUUAGGAGUUAAACCCC